AUGUUACGCAUACUCUCAGUGUCGGGGGAAGUCCAGCUCACGAUUGAGUUGGCGAGCUUUUUCGAAACAGACGCUGCAGGGAGCUAUCCCGUCCGGGCAUUAAAACAACACUUGCAAGGCUUGUGCAGAAAGCCCAGAUUCAGGCAACGGCUGGCAUUCUUGGAUGACGGCGAACUGUUGAAUGACAAUGGCGAACACACACUGAGACCAGGCGAAGUUCAGCUUGUGCUUCUCAACUUCAGUCCAACAUCAGAAUUGCAAAUACGAGAGCUUCAGCAUGCCGCAGAAAGUGGCCUGACACAAAGCGUGGAGAGUAUUCUGCAAAGACCACAGGACCCGGAUUUGAAUUUAGGUCGGCCACCCCUGCUCGCAGCAUCAGCAGAAGGGCACCUACAGGUUGUGCGCCUCUUGCUGGAGGCCGAUGCUGACAAGAACCUUUCCACGAACGAUGGCGCCACCCCUCUGUUCAUUGCAGCUCAGCGAGGGCAUUUGGAGGUUAUGCGUCUCUUGCUGGAGGCAAAGGCCGAUAAAGACAAGGCCAAGCACAAUGGCACUACACCUCUGAUCGUGGCAGCUCAGGAAGGGCAUUUCGAGGCUGUAGGUUUCUUGCUGGAGGCCAAGGCCGACACGGAUCAGUCCACGCAUGAAGGCAUCACUCCUUUAUGCUUUGCAGUUGAGGCAGGGCACUUGGAGGGUGUGCGACUUUUGCUAAAUGCACGAGCUGACGUGGACACUCUGACAGACACUGGCUCCACACCCUUGACAUUCGUCGCUGAGCAUGGGCACCUGGAGGUUGCGCGCCUUUUGCUAAAGGCACAGGCCGAUGCGAACAAGGCCGUGAUCAAUGGCGCGAACGAUGGUGCCACCCCUUUGUUCCAUGCAGCUGCGGAAGGACAGUUGGAGAUGGUGCGCCUCUUGCUGGAGGCCAACACCGACAAGGACAAGGCCACGAAUGAUGGCGUCACCCCUCUGUUCGUGGCAGCAGACGAAGGGCAUUUGGACGUUGUGCGCCUCUUGCUGGAGGGCAAGGCUGACAAGGACAAGGCCAUGAACGAUGGCACCACCCCAUGCUCCAUUGCAGUCAGGCAUGGUCACAUGCAAGUCGCACACCUUUUGCAGGGCAUGGGGUACACCUUUGGUCGGCAUGCAGAUUUGGUCGUGGCUGGCAGUGGCAAGACCACGAAUGACAAGACCACGAACGAUGGCUCCUCGUUGUCGUCCGUCAGCACAGGCAGUUGGCGAAUGGGGCACACCUUGGGUCGACAUGCAGAUUUGGUCGCGGCUUGCAAGCGCAAGGCCAGGAAUGAUGUCUCGUCCUCUUCGACCGUCAGCAGGGGCAGCUCAGGAAGGCAGUAG